AGGAAAGUGCGCCAACUCCCUUGAGCCUCUUUCGAGGAAAGGCGAUGGACUCCCCUCGGCCCAACGGAGGCCCCGGAACCUCCCUCCCGGGCUCAACGCCCCCAGAACCUUCGAGAAGAGGCCGCGAGGGAGGAGGGGGGGCGUCCGGGGCUGCCCGCUCCUCCCGGAUCACUCACCGAAGGUCAGCAGGACGCAGCAGAGGCCCAGCACCCACAGGGCCCUCAUGGCGCGCGGCCGGUGGGAGUCUCACGUCCUUUUUGAUAGUAGGAGCCGCCUCCACCCCCCACCCCGGGGAUCAGACGCUCAGACCACAAGCCGCGCGGUCCGCCCACUACCCCCCAAACAGGCCGGGCCGCUUUUCACCCCAGCCUCGCGCGGGAGGGGGACGGGAAACACGAACCCGCCAAUGGGGCCGCACCACGCACCCCCUGCACCCAAUGGGGACUCGAGGGGGGGGCCGCAGUGCGCCAAUCGGAGCCGUCCAGGUGCGGUGCCUGGUGCCCGAAGCGUGGCUCCCCCCGAUUGGUCAGCCGUGGCCCCCCUUCUCCAAUCAGAGGGCUCCGCGGGCCCUCUCACGCGGGACCGCCCCUUUGCCUGGGAAGCUCGGGCCUCUCAGGGAAACGGCCCAAUGAACGUCAGCACAGAACGCAACCCUCGUUUUGGAGAGGGCGCAGAGGAACCACUUCCGGGUUCUUGAGCGCGUUUAUUCCGUGACCAGGGGAAACGGUAGUCAUGGCAACGGUUCUUCUCCUGCCCAGUCUCCGCGCUGGGUCUCGUUGCGAAUGAUUCCUGCGCGCCUUUCCGAGUUCAGCCUUCUUUUUGGUGGUGCAUCCCGGAGAAGAGAAACACGUGAGACGUGGAAAAUCUCCGGAGUACUUUUUAGGUGGAUGUGUCCUAACUUAAACUAGAUUUUCAGCUCUAAUCUGUCUGUUGGUUGACACUUCUCCCCUUCAUGUGUCAAUAAGAAAGAAACCAUCUUGGGGAAAGUUUUCAAAGUGGAAGUCUUAGAAGCAGUGGAGAUCGGCAGCUAUGCCAGGAUGAAAAUUGUUAUGUUUUAAACAUGAUGUCAUCCCCUGAGCAAAGUGAAAUUAGCCCAAAGGCAAAUGUAGACAGGCAUACCCAAUUUGUCUUAAAGUGCCAGAAACCCAUUCAGCCUUACAUCUGCUCAACUCUGAAGGAUUUUCAAGAAGAGAGAGACUUUUUGGCCAACUACAUCUUCCCUCAACUUAAUGAACUCUGCAGUUCCCGGGGCACUUAUUUCAAAGCUGUAGACCUCAGGUGGUCAGGGUUAAAGGCCUCACCACCCUUACCCUCCAACCUGUUUAGACAGCAUUCUUGUCUCCACUCCCAGACGAAGCUCUGUCUUGACUAUGUGAAUAGCUGCUUCCCCUUUUUCAUUGGCAUGUUGGGUCAGACAUACGGGGACUUUGUCCCUGACCACAUGCUUUUAAUGAUCUCCAAAGUGACAGACUUGUCCAGUUUAUCCACCGUAGAGCAGAAUCUCUAUGUUCCUGCAAAAAAUGGUUACAAAAAAAAAAAAAAGUACUCUUGGGUCCUGGAGAAUCCCAACUACACUUUGACAGAGUUUGAGAUCAUCCAAGCAGCAUUUCGGAAUGAGUCUCCGUUUCAGUAUUUUUACUUUAGGAGUGGAAGCACGCUGCUGAAGACUUUAGAUGAGGAAAAGGAGAGGCUGUCCUCAGGCUCUCUGAAUGACGAAGAAAAAUUAAAGAUUGAAAAGCUGAAGGCCAAGAUUAUUAGUAAAGGCCUCCCUGUUCGAUUUUAUAAAGAUCUCCAUGAGUUGGGUGAGCUGGUUUUUAAGGACUGGUCAGUUGUGAUAGAACAACUUUACCCAGACACAUUAAUGAUUGAAAAUAUAGACUAUAAGCACAACUUUGAAUGUUACCAUCAUGAAGACUUUACUGAGAAGUGCAAGCAAGUGUUUGUUAUUUCCAAGGAAUCAAACAGAACCUUCGAAGUCUUGGAAAGAUUUGCCUUAGAGGAUGUGGAAGUUGAAUUUAGCAAUUCUGUGGCAGGUUCCAGUUUAAAUUCUAUUCUCAGAAUAAAUCCUGUUCCAGUUUACAAGUCCAUUAUGCCCUUGUCUGGAGAACGUGGUUGUGGGAAGUCUACUCUGAUCGCCAACUGAGUGAAUUAUUUCAAAAAGAAAUACCUGUGAAAGCAGUGACAUCAUGUCUGUGAUACAUUAUUUCAUCACAGAGUUAGAGUACAAAAACUAUGGUACUGGAAUCAAGCUUUAACUUUGGAAAAUUUGUGUUAGAGAUGAUAUAUCCUGUCUUGCUGUU